UCCUAGCUGUGCUUGAUGCCAUGUUCACACAAAUUUAUGUACAAGAACAUAUUUAUCUUCUUCCUAUAUAAGUUUGAAGUCUAAGGUGCGCAUGACAUGAAAUAUUUUACUUGCGAGAUCAAGUAGAACUAUUGGCAUGAGUAUUUUCUUGUGCUCCUUUUUUAUUUUUUUCUUGAUUUCGAUAAGCAGCUCUUUUGCAGCUGACACCUUGAAUGUGAAGCAGACCCUCAGAGAUGAUGGCAAUAGCACCAUUGUAUCUUCUGGUGGCGUGUUCGAGCUGGGAUUCUUUAGCCCCGGAAGCUCCAAAAAUAGAUAUUUAGGCAUAUGGUACAAGAAAGUAUCAAACAGGACUGUUGUUUGGGUAGCUAACAGAGAGAGGCCAAUUCUUGACACAUCUGGGGUGUUAAGAAUUCUUGUGAAUGGGAAUUUAGAACUUGUGAAUGCAAGGAACAGCACAAUUUGGUUUUCCAAUUCGACGAAAGCUGCAGUGAGUAAUCCUGUAAUGGCACAACUGAUGGAUUCAUCAAACCUUGUGGUCAGGUACUUAAAUGAUACUGACCCUGCAAACUAUCUUUGGCAAAGUGUUGAUCAUCCUACUGAUCAUAUUUUAUCAGGCAUGAAACUUGGAUGGGAUUUAGGUAAAGGGCUGGAUCGAUAUCUUACGUCUUGGAAAAGUGUGAAUGAUCCUUCACCAGGCAAUUUCACUUUCAGAAUGCAUCUUGAAGGAUAUCCCCAGAUGAAAGUCGCGGAUCGCUCCACCAUAAACUUCAGGUUUGGACCAUGGGAUGGUAUUCAGUUCAGUGGGGUGCAAUUUAAGGCACCUGACCUGAAUUUUGAUCUAAAACUUAUUGUGGUAAAUAAAGAAAUUUACGCCAAGUUUGAUGUCAACAAUAAUUCCAGGCCUGUGAGGUUUGUGUUGAAUCCUGAUGGAAUUAUACGACUUCUGACAUGGUAUGACCAAGCUCAGAAUUGGACAUUCAGUCAAUACAUCAGUGUGCUUUUUGAUGAAUGUGACCCUUAUGGACGUUGUGGAACAUAUGGCAGUUGUGACCUUACUCGUGCUCAAUCAGGACUAGGCGCUUGUGAAUGUUUAGAAGGAUUUGUGCCUAAAUUUCCCGAGAAAUGGAAAGUUUCAGAUUGGUCUGGUGGAUGUGUUCGUGCAGCUCAGUUGACUUGUAAUGAUGGAGAUAGAUUUGAGAAGAUUCUGAGCCUUAAAUUACCCAAUACACAGGCUGCAUGGUUCAAUCGAAGCAUGAGCCUUUCUGAUUGCGAGACUGAGUGCAGGAAAAAUUGUUCUUGUACAGCUUAUUCAAAUGUGGAUAUCAGACAAGGUGGCAGUGGAUGUAUGUUAUGGUUUGGUGAUCUCAUUGAUAUGAGAAAUUACCCAGACAAUGGUCUUCCACUUUAUGUGAGAGCUUCUUCUCAAUCAGGGGUGAAUGAAAACUCAAGUAAAAAGGGGGGAGUGAAGAUCAUUGCCAUCGUCGUUCCUGCAGUCGUGGGAGUACUAGUCCUGGCUGGCCUAAUAUAUGUACUCAGAAAUAGAAAGAUGAGGAGUAAAGGAUUAUUAACAUUCAAACAAGAUAUUGAUGGCGGGAAUAAAGAUUCGGGCAAAGAUCUUGACUUGCCAUUGAUUGAAAUUGAAACAAUAGCUAAAGCAACCAAUAACUUCUCUCUAAACAAUAAGCUCGGAGAGGGAGGUUUCGGUCCUGUCUACAAGGGAACUAGGGAUGAUGGACGAGAAAUAGCUGUUAAGAGGCUCUCAAAGACUUCGAAACAAGGACUAGAUGAGUUUAAGAAUGAAGUAAAAUGCAUUGCCAAACUACAGCACAGAAAUCUUGUGCGGCUUCUGGGAUGUUGCAUUGAGGAUGGAGAGAUGUUAUUGAUCUACGAAUACAUGCCUAACAAAAGUUUAGAUGUCUUCAUUUUCGACAGAGAGCUAAGCUUGUUGCUGGAUUGGCCAAAGCGCUACAAUAUUAUAAACGGCAUUGCCAAAGGCUUGCUGUAUCUUCAUCAAGACUCGAGACUGAGAAUCAUUCAUAGAGAUCUCAAAGCCGGCAACAUUCUACUUGAUCAUGAGAUGAGUCCCAGAAUUUCUGAUUUUGGCUUGGCCAGAAGUUUCGCAGGCAAUGAAAGUGCAGUAAAUACGGUUCGAGUGGUUGGAACAUACGGUUACAUGGCACCAGAGUAUGCGAUUGAAGGAUUAUUUUCAGUUAAAUCUGAUUCGUACAGUUUCGGUGUGUUGGUAUUGGAGAUAGUAAGCGGGAAAAAAAUAAGACAAUUCUAUAAUUCAACGGACAACCUUAACCUUCUCGGUCAUGCAUGGAAGCUUUUUAACGAUGGGGAAUUCUUGGACUUAACCGACGAGGCAAUGUCUGGGUCCUGCAAUUCAGCAGAAGUUCUGCGAGCUAUACACAUCGGAUUAUUGUGUGUGCAGCCGUAUCCACAAGACAGACCGAAUAUGACAUAUGUCGUUUCGAUGUUGGACAGCGAAACAGAGCUUCCCCAGCCAAAGCAGCCAGGUUUUUUCACCGAAAGCAGAGUGCAACAAGGUUCAGAGUCUCCAUCUCAUGACAGUGGAUCAAGUUUAUCGAAUAAUGCAAUGAGUAUUACAGUGUUGGGUCCUAGAUAGUAAGCUCUCAUGUUAAUGAUUUGUAUAGCACAUAUCAUGCUCUACAGUUACCUUUUAAAUUUGUUGCUUAUGUUAUGGUGAGCUGAGUUUGAUGCUGGUGUUUCCAAUUUGCAAUUUACUAAUAAUUUUUGACCUGCUUAAUAUUCUUCUCA